GCGUUCUUAGCUCGAACUUCGAGGCCGCCUACGCGAGGCACCUGGAACGGAAGCGAAAGAAUGCGCCCAAGUUGCUAGAGGUGGCAGAACAGCACCUUCUGCCCAUUGCGCCACUAGCUGUCAAGAAGAGCAUGUUCUAUCAGCUCUCCGGCACAGACAGAGAGGGACUGAGGAGGACCGUUUUCAAGGUCCUCAAUGACCCAUCGUCAAGCGAAGUGGCAAAGUGGGCCUCCUAUUUCAUCACCGCGGUGAUUUUAGUGACGACGGUCAGCAUGCUCUUGGAGUCUAUACCGGAGCUCAGUCACGUACCUGACGCAUGCGACAGCCUCGUGACUGUCGAAAACUGCCGGCCGCAGCCGUCGCAAGCGUUUUUCCAGAUAGAGUUGGUUUGCAUUAUUAUCUUCACCGUGGACUACGUCCUUCGCAUCUGCACUGCUCAUGCGAUGACUGCACGUGAGCUUGGC